AUGACCGUACCUCCUGAACAAGCUAACCAAGCCUUGAACAUCACAUUAGCCACCCUGCAAUCGCUCAUGAAGCGUUGCAUCAAGGUAAAGGAGGGCGAUCCUGAGGCCUUAAGGUUAUCGGAUGGGAUUGCCAGGUGCGUGGCCAAGGACUUGAAAAUGUAUGGCGGAAACACCACAUCAUUCUCACCACAGCUGCUUUCUUUCGCUGCUGUUGUGAGAGAGAACUCAAAGGGCAGCACCUUCGAGAGUGUCCCAGACUGGACCUCCAUUACAGACAACGACCCAUGCAUCAAGAGCCACCCGCGCUUCGACAAGACCGUCGAUUAUCUCCCUCCUUCGCUCAAUGAUCUUGUCAUCGCUACAGCAACCACUAAUCCCCCUACUACCAUCACAACACCAACCACCGUCGUACCACCAUCGACACAAGCGGCCUUACCAUCCAUGCCAUCCCUCAUGGAGUCGGAUAUCCUUGCUGGGCCUGAAGCGGAAACGAAUGGAUCAUCGGGCCUUUGGAAGGGAGACGCCGAGGACCCCCCCAUCCCAAUCGACACUCCCGCCUCUCUGCCGGCAAAAUACAAUCUCUUCGUAGCCAGCACCAAGAAGAGAAAGCUCGUAGUAGAAGAUACAGAUGCGGCUGUUGCGGUAGCCCAGAACAAGUUGCCUUCCCCUUCUGAAGAGCCAGUCAAGAAAAGGAAGAAGGUUGAAUCCCAACCCAUUACCAAGCCUGCAGUGUGGGGCUUGGAUUCUGAUAUCGUGACUCCAUGGAAGCAUUCCGUUCGCUACCACCCCUGGCAGUGUGACAAAUGUGCCAAAUUAGACAUAGCCUGCAUCGUCCUCCCCGACAAGAAAUUUGGAUACACGCGCCUCGCCUGCAAAAAUUGCGACAGCAUGAAGAUCUCGUGUGCAAUUGACGGUGUUGGUGUCCGGCAGAGGUUGCAAGUGAAGGCAGUGAAAGCAUCCUCUGACCUGCCCCAACAAUCAAAGCCCUCGAACAUUGUUCAACAUGAAGAGAAAAAGCCAAAUGUCCUUCUGGGUCGGGUGCAAUCACCCGCUCCCACCAACCUGCUUGAACCGGAGCCCACUGCAAGAGAAAUCUUACAGGGCAUCCAGGACCUCGGCAAGUGA